AUGGCAAGAGGGGGAAGUCACCAGAAACUUAUGGUAUUUAUUCGAGGGAAAGCUCUGUCUGGGGCCCCGAUUAUCAAUGGGACUAAUCAGUUGCCGAAACCUCCGAUUAUAGGAGGGAUUACUAUAAGGAAGAUUAUCAUGAAGGCAUGGGCUGUGACGAUAAUGUUGUACAUCUGUUCGUCGCCUAAAAAUGCACCAGGUUGUCCGAGUUCAGCUCAGACCAAAAGACUGAAGGCAGUUCCUACUCUUCUGACUCAAGCACUGAAUAAAAGGGACAGGGGGCUGGACCUUCGAGGUUCUAAAAUUCCUGUCAUUGAAAAUCUAGGUGCUGCCUUAGACCAGUGUGAUGCUAUUGAUUUUUCUGACAAUGAAAUCAGGAAACUAGAUGGUUUCCCUCUGUUGAGAAGACUGAAAACAUGAUUGGUGAACAACAACAGAAUAUGCCGUACACUUGAGGGACUUGAUCAGUCUCUACCCUGUUUGACAGAACUCAUCCUUACUAACAACAGUCUUGUGGAACUGGGUGAUCUCGACCCUUUGGCAUCUCUCAAAUCAUUGACUUAUCUAAGUAUUUUAAGAAAUCCUGUAACAAAUAAGAAGCAUUACAGACUAUAUGUAAUUUAUAAAGUUCCACAAGUCAGAGUACUGGACUUCCAGAAAGUGAAACUAAAAGAGCGUCAGGAAGCAGAGAAAAUGUUCCAGGGCAAACGGGGUGCACAACUUGCAAAGGAUAUUGCCAGGAGAAGCAAAACUUUUAAUCCAGGUGCUGGUUUGCCAACUGAUGGAAAAAAAGGUGGGCCAUCUCCGGGGGAUGUAGAAGCCAUUAAGAAUGCUAUAGCAAAUGCAUCCACUCUGGCUGAAGUGGAGCGGCUGAAGGGGCUGCUGCAGUCUGGUCAGACACCCGGCAGAGAGCGUCGAUCAGGAACAGAUUUGCUGCAUUCAACUCCAGUGACAGAACCUGAUGAGCUGUGGGAUGGCAUCAAGAACAUCAUUCCUAAAAAGCAAAAGGACCCACUGAUAGUGGUGAAGAGGAGAUGGAAGAAGACACCAUCACCAACAUGUCUUGAGCAGUGUGGCUUAGACCCAUAG